AUGUCAAGGUCCGGGACAGCAGACCCUGCCGAGGCCGCCAAGAACUCUGGCCUUGGACGUUUGGCCGCGCCGCGUUCGGAUGGACUGGGGACCGAGCGGCCCUCUGCGCCUCAUCUGCCCGAAGACCGGGCGGCGGAAGACGCAGACUUUGUGGACGAAGGGCCUGGCGAGGUGCUGGCGGUGGAUUUGCUGGCUACUGCGGCGUCGAAGCUGCAUAAGCACGCUGUGGAAGGCUUUGACGAGCCGCUGCCGCUGGAGGCACUGGACACCCAGGACUCCUUGGAGGAGCACCCGCUCCCCCACGUCGCUGGGGGCCACAGCCGUCCGCUGAAGCCGCCUUACGAGCACAUCCCACGUGCUCCGCCAGGGCUCCUGCAACGACUGGCCGAAGUGGAAAAGCUGGAGGGCAAGUCCCAGGGCCGCUCCAGAAGGCGGAGCAAACGGCAAGGGCAGUUUGAGUUCGACGAGGAUGUGCCUAUCCGAGUCCGGGUGUUGGAUGUGGACGCACUGGACUUGGAAGAACUGCACAAGGCGUUCAUGUACACGUUGGUGCGCCGGCGACCUGCAGAAAUUUGUGUGCGAGUGGCCUCCCGACUUGCUGUCUUCCGGGAUAAGCCGGGCCAGCAGUCUUACCAAAACCUUCUCCAGGAUGCUGGGAGGCUGUUUGGCUCCUUGCAUGGCCCAGAGCUGCUGGCCCUGUUCGCCCGAUGUUUUUCCACUAUCUCCGUCCCCUUCAUGAUCGACUACACUCGGAAAUAUGGGCACUUCUCCCGCGCAUUUCUCGCCGAGCAGGUCGAAAAGAGUCUGCGGCCGGGCUUCUUCGACUUCUUGCGCUACGACCGUCACGGCGGCGUGCGGCCUCUGCCAUUGAUCGUCGCGAAGCCCUGGAGCCUCGGGUCCUACACACGGCUGAUGACGAAAAGCUACUUGAAAAGCCGCAUGCAUGAGCAGCUGAAGCUGCACGGACAUGUCCCGAACAUCGAGGAAGACACCGAUCCCGACAUGCCCGCUGAAGCCCGUGUCAUCGAGCACCUCAGCCGUGCGGGGUCGCUUCGAGUGGAGCCGCCGAAGGCACCAGCAGCUGAGGUCGAGCGGCCGGCGUUGCUGGAUGCGAUAGUCCAGGCCGAGUACUCUGGCGUUGGCUGGGACGCCGCCUCCCAGAGCGAGUGGGCCAAGCGUGAGUCCAUGGGCGAGAAAGGCGAGAAAGGUGAGAAGCCGGAGAGGCCUCGGCCAAUCAUGAGAGGUGCCCGCCGUGCUAUGGCAGAGGCCGAUCUACACAGCGACUCAGCUGGUGAAGGCUAUUCAGAUUUCUAUGACUCUUCUGAGGAGGAGUUGGUCAGUGACGAUGAGGAUGGCAUGUCAGGAAGUAACAAGUUCGGACUGCAGUUCGAGCGAGUGGUGCCUGAUUCCGCAUAUCAUGCCACUGCAGAGGAUGGUGCCCUAGUUGAUGGAACGUUACAGGGAGAGACCUCCGAGUCUCCAUCUGCACUGGAAGAGGCAUUGGCGGAUCGAUGGUGGUCGCAACUCAGACGCCACUUCUUCAGACACAACUAUCGGGCAUAUCGUCUGUUGGAUGGUCGGUGGCAACGGGUACCUGAUCCCAACGGCCCGCGGUACAAGCCCAGACAGAGGAAGAGACCUCGAGGUCUGAAGCGGGAGGAAGCGCAGAAACGAGAAAUGCGAGCGGCAAAGCCUGCUGGAGUCUGA